AUGUUGCUUCCUAUCUUAAUAACUUUGUUUUCGCAAUUCCAAGGUCUAAACGGCCAGGCGGUGAAUGAUGUGGAUGCAAAUGGCAUCACUCUAUUAGAAAAGAUAGAGGAGAUGGAAAGACAAAUCCUGAAUCCAUUCACCCUUGUAUCCGUGGUUACACCUUGUGGUGUCAACUUCAAUGACAAUCAAAAUAGGGGCCAGCAAACUUCAGCAGAAUGGGUGAGGAUUAUCUUCCACGAUUCGAUCACAGCAAACAUUGCUGGGCCGGGAUUAGGUGGACUUGACGCGUCUAUUGGCUUUGAAUCAGACCGGCCGGAGAACGUUGGCAUUUUUGUAAAUGUUACACUUGGCCAGUUUAGCCAGUUCUCUAGCGUGUUCUUGUCUAUGUCAGAUCUUAUUGGAGUAGGAUUGUCUGACAGUCUUGCUUCUUGUGAUCCAACCGCUCGACGCAUACCACUCCGUGUUGGCCGAAUAGAUGCUACUGGCCCUGGACCUGCAGGCGUACCAGGCCCAACAGAUAAUAUAGAAUUUGCGACUGCUGCAUUUGCUAAAGCAGGAUUUAGCCAGAGUGAAAUGAUCCAGGCAGUGGCAUGCGGACACUCACUGGGCGGGGUCCACCAUACCAACUUUCCAGAUAUUGUCGAGGAUCCUAAAGAUGCUUCUAAUACCGACGGCCGAGCUCCAUUUGAUAGCACUCCGGCUAUAUUUGACAACACUGGCGUCAAUGAAUAUCUAACUGGUACUGGCUUGAAAGGCGGGCCAUUAGUAGUUGGACCUGAGGCCACACGAUCGGAUUUACGUAUAUUUGCUUCAGAUGACAACGCCACUAUAAGUGCUAUGUCUUCACCCCAAUCUUUUGAAGACACCUGUUUUACGAUUUUCGAAAAGAUGAUAAACACCGUCCCCAGUGCAGUUAAGCUUUCCGAUCCUAUCGUCCCCAGGCCAUGGAUUCUGCGUGAAAGCCAUCUGGACCUUAAUUCAGCUGGUGCAGUGACGUUUUCUGGGACAAUCAUAGGCCACUCUUCAGCUUCUCUCCCUGAUACUGCCUCAUACUCUUAUGGGACAUCUGGAGGAAAUACGGCCCCAAAAACCAGCCAAGCAGGAGUGGCAUAUCCUAUUGUUGCAAACACCCCCAUCGGGUUUGGGACCAUUACAGACUACAACUUUGCCGACACCUUGAAUAACCCUGAUGUUACAUCAAUCAACGUUCAGAGCUCUUAUUCGGCACCAAUCAAUCAAAAGAUAUUCAUUCUCGUCUCGCAGGGUUUUCACAAUCAAAUUAGAGAUUCAAAUAACGCCAUCACCGUAAACCAACAAUACGUCGUACGCGCAGCAAUACUAAUUUCACUCGCUCCAGCCGGGACUGUAUUGUCAGCCAAACUAUGGCACACCGCAGCGCAGGCUGGCUCAAUUGUGCCUAAGAUUCUUAGUACUACUGUUUCAAUGACUUUAAAGACCACCCUUGGGUCUUACGCGAUAUAUCAAGCGGUGGUAACUGUGGGAGAUGGUGUAUCCGCUCUACCAGGUGGAACCAUGACUUUCCAGGUGACAUCAGGGGCUACCCUUGCCAGCGCAAAGGUUGACCCCGGAAAUUGGCCUGCAUGUACAAAUGAUGUCUUGACCUCUUGUUGA